GUCAGCUGAGGGGGAGGAGACCACUAUGGCGGCAUUGGAAGAAGGAGGCGGAUCACGUUAGUUAUCAUCGUCCUUCACAGCAUCAUGGCAGACUUCCGCGAGCCUCCUCCUCUCUUCAACGACGACAGGGAGGACGAGAACGAUGACCUCUUCUCCUCGGCGGUCCAGUCUCCCGUGAGCGACAAGACCGCCACCCCAGAGGACCAGCGCCCCUCGGAGGACCCCCUCACGCCUCACAAUUCCACCGCCUCCCUCACACCCGCCGACACCCCAGACCUCUUUGAGUCCGCACAGGGGCCGAUAGCUGAGGGGGGCGGCCCUGACCUCCCUCCCGCCUCUGAUGGGGGGGAUGACAAGCACCAGGAGGAGGAGAAGGAGGCUCCGUCAGCCCCUGUAGAGGUAUUGCUUGAUAUCCCCGACUCCCCAAGUGCCCCAAGCGACCCUGUGGAGGAAGUGGGGGAAGGGAUAGACACCCCCAAUCACAUCCUCACUCCCGAACCCGCCCCGACCUCCACCCCGACCCCCGAUUCUGACCCCGACCCCGCCUUAGUGCAUGACCCCGCCCCAGCCUCGUUUCUCGGGGAUGGUGACACAAUGGAGAUCUCGCUGGACGAUGGAAAGACUAAGGAAGUGCCGCUCGAGGAAGAGGCCGAUGAACCUGAUAUUUUUGACACAAUGUCGUCGCCUAAACUGCAGCUGAAUCAGGACACCUCAGAGCCCCCCCUGCCACCCUCCAGCAUCCUGCCUCCCAUGGGCGCCCCCCUCACUCCCCCCGUGGUCCCCGUCACCCCAACCGCCACCCCCAGCCUCACCCCCAACAUCACCCCGGCCGCCCCCACCCCGGUCACCCCAGUUGCCAUGCCCCGGACGACCCCAGAGCAGCCGCAGGCCGAGGGGGACGGCACAGAGGAGUACAUCCAGAUCACCGUCUCGGACCCUCAGAAGAUCGGCGAGGGCAUGAGCUCCUACAUGGCCUACAAGGUGACCACUAAGACCAACGUAUCCUACUUCAGGAAGAAGCACUGGAGCGUCAUGCGGAGGUUCAGUGACUUCCUCGGCCUCCACCGCAAGCUGGUUGAGAAGCACCUCCACUCAGGACGCAUCAUCCCGCCCGCCCCUGAGAAGUCCGCUAUCGGAACCACCAAGAUUAAGCUGGGCAGUGACAAGAACGCAGACCCAGGCUCGGCGGAGUUCAUAGAGAGGCGCCGCGCUUCCCUGGAACGGUACAUGAACAGGACCGGCGCCCACCCCACACUGCGAGCUGAUCCUGACUUCCGGGAAUUUAUCGAGCUGGAUGCUGAGUUGCCGCGCGCCACCCAGACCUCGGCGCUGAGCAGUGCUGGGGUGCUGCGUCUCUUCAAUAGGGUCGGAGAGACUGUGAACAAGAUGACCUUCAAGAUGGACGAGAGCGACCAGUGGUUCGAGGAGAAGACGCAGCAGAUCGAGAGCCUGGACGCGCAGCUGCGGAAGUUACACGCUGCCAUGGAGGGCCUGGUCAGCUACAGAAGGGAGUUGGCAAUUAGCACGGCCUCAUUCGCCAAGGCCACCGCCGUGCUGAGUAGCGUGGAGGAGCAUUCGUCACUCAGCCGCGCCCUCCACCAGCUGUCCGAGUCCACCGAGAGAACGCACACCAUCCACCACGCUCAGGCGGAUGCUGACUUCUACGUGCUGAGUGAGAACACCAAAGACUACAUCCACCUCAUCCAGUCAGUCAAGGAUGUUUUCCACGAGCGCGUCAAGACCUUCCAGACCUGGCAGCACGCACAGAUCACCCUGGCCAAGAAGCGUGAAGCCAAGGCCAAGGCGGAGCUGGCCGGGCGCAUGGACAAAGUGCAGCAGGCGCAGGAGGAGGUGGCAGAGUGGGAGGGCAAGGUGGAGCGCAGCCAGGAGGAGUUUGAGCGCAUCUCCCGCGCCAUCAAGAAGGAGAUGGAGCAGUUUGAUGUGAUGCGCCUCAAGGACUUCAGGGACAUGGUGGUCAAGUACCUGGAGGACCUUAUGACCUCACAGCAGCAGAUCAUCAAGGUGUGGGAGACAUUCAUUCCCGAGGCCAAAGCCAUCUCUUAAGACAACGCCAGGUGUGCCAAGAGCAGGGGAGAGCGACAGGUGUGUGCAUGUGUCAGCUGCUCCCCCAGUCCAUUCUCAGCCUCGGGGGUCAGGGGUGAGGCAGUGAGGGGGUGAGACGAGGGGGUAGACUCUCCUUCCUCACCCCACCUUUGACCUCCCCCCAAGUGACCCAGGGUUCGGCUGUGACAGAGGCCGCUGCGAUCAUUCCUAAUUCAGCCUCUCGCCGGGUUGACCAGUCUCCGAUGUGUCCGAGGGUGGAGUUAUCGUCCUGCAUUCCCUCUGUGUUACUCUGGGGUGUGUCUGCUGGUCCGCACACGCUCACUCCAGUCACUCGCAUGCCAGGGAAAAACGGCUCUCGGAAAAUUGAAGUUGAGAAUCGUAAAAAUUAAAUGUGUUGAGAAUUUGAUUGUUUUAGGGGAAAGAGAGCUCAGAAAAUUAGAUCAAGAAUUAGCUUAGUUUCCCAUAUCAUUGGCUGUGUUUUCCCUGGUGUGCAUACUAAAGGAAAGCUAAAGGAAACAGCUCUUAGAAAAUUACGACAAGAACUGUAACAAUUAUUUAAUGCUGGAGGUUGGUCUAUCAAAUUCUCGAUCAUUAUAAUAUUUCAGUCUUUUUAGCUUAGUUUCCCAUAUCAUUGGCUGCGUUUUCCCUGGUGUGCGUACUAAUUGAAAGUUAAAGGAAACAGCUCUUAGAAAAUUACAACAAGAACUGUAAGAAUUGACUAAUAUGGUUGAUCUAUCUAAUUCUCAAUCAUUAUAAUAUUUUCAGUUUUUUUAGCUUAGUUUCCCGUAUCAUUGGCUGCGUUUUCCCUGGUGUGCGUACUAAUUGAAAGUUAAAGGAAACAGCUCUUAGAAAAUUACAACAAGAACUGUAAGAAUUGACUAAUAUGGUUGAUCUAUCUAAUUCUCAAUCAUUAUAAUAUUUUCAGUUUUUUUAGCUUAGUUUCCCGUAUCAUUGGCUGCGUUUUCCCUGGUGUGCAUACUAAUUGAAAGUUAAAGGAAACAGCUCUUAGAAAAUUACAACAAGAACUGUAAGAAUUGACUAAUAUGGUUGAUCUAUCUAAUUCUCAAUCAUUAUAAUAUUUUCAUUUUUUUAGCUUAGUUUCCCGUAUCAUUGGCUGCAUUUUCCCUGGUGUGCGUACUAAUUGAAAGUUAAAGGAAACAGCUCUUAGAAAAUUACAACAAGAACUGCAAGAAUUGACUAAUAUGGAUUUUGAUCUAUCUAAUUCUCGAUCAUUAUAAUAUUUCCAUUUUUUUAGCUUAGUUUCCCGUAUCAUUGGCUGUGUUUUCCCUGGUGUGCGUACAAAAGGAAAGUUAGAGGAAACAGCUCUUAGAAAAUUACAACAAGAACUGUAAGAAUUGACUAAUAUGGUUGGUCUAUCAAAUUCUCGAUCAUUAUAAUAUUUCAGUCUUUUUAGCUUAGUUUCCCAUAUCAUUGGCUGUGUUUUCCCUGGUGUGCGUACUAGUUGAAAGUUAAAGGAAACAGCUCUUAGAAAAUUACAACAAGAACUGUAAGAAUUGACUAAUAUGGAUUUUGAUCUAUCUAAUUCUCAAUCAUUAUAAUAUUUCCAUUUUUUUAGCUUAGUUUCCCGUAUCAUUGGCUGCGUUUUCCCUGGUGUGCGUACUAAUUGAAAGUUAAAGGAAACAGCUCUUAGAAAAUUACAACAAGAACUGUAAGAAUUGACUAAUAUGGAUUUUGAUCUAUCUAAUUCUCGAUCAUUAUAUUAUUUCCAUUUUUUUAGCUUAGUUUCCCAUAUCAUUGGCUGUGUUUUCCCUGGUGUGCAUACUAAUUGAAAGUUAAAGGAAACUAUAAAAUUACAACAAGAACUGUAAGAAUUGACUAACAUGGUUGAUCUAUCUAAUUCUCAAUCAUUAUAAUAUUUUCAGUUUUUUUAGCUUAGUUUCCCAUAUCAUUGGCUGUGUUUUCCCUGGUGUGCGUACUAAUUGGAGUGCGUCGUGUGUGUGUGCUGGCGGACACAUGCCCCCGCGUUGCCGCCACAGAACUUGUCAUUUUCUCUGUCAAAGGUCGUUAGUUAAUCACCUUCGCUUUGUUUAUAUGAGGCUAGUUAACAGAUUGGAUCACUUUAUCUAUCUAAUCUAUCAUUUAAUUGCCUUGGUAUCAUUAUUAUAAGGGUAUUUUCCUGUCUUCCUAUAUUCUCUGAGGCCUUGGGACCCUGAUGUGUUAAAGGAUAUCUGUCUGUCUGUCUAUCACUUAAUUGCCUCGGUAUCAUUUAUAUAAGACUAAUUUACCCUUCAGAGUAUUUUCCUAUCAAAGACGAAGGGAAAACAACCUCACCCGAUCACCAGCGCGGAUGAAGGGACUCAAGUUCUGUGGCGGCAACCUUCAGAUGCUGUUGUUAUUAUCAUUAUGACCAUUAUCAAUUACUAUGUUAAAGUUUUAUAUACCACUAGUGUAAUUCCGAUCAUAUCCUGUAGGCUAGUGUUUGUAUAUUUUGGUGCACUCUGUAGCGUCUUUCGGGGGUGGAGGAGAGGGUGCUUUUUUCUUCCCCCGAGCCGGUGUGUCGAGAGGAGCCGUUGGGGUGGCUGGGUGGUGCCUUUGCCUGGCCUGCACCUCUGUACUAGCACCAGUGUAGGCCAAUGUGUAUGAGGUGUCUGGAACCAUGGGGGCGGCAUAUUCUUCCUCUUCUUGUAUAGAUUUCUGGUGGCUUUGUGUCGAUUCUAAUCAGUCCUUUAACUUUGAUCAACUGACGUCCUUUCUUCCUAGCCUCCUCCUCCUGCUUCUAUGGACCUCUGAUGCUUUAUAUCAUUUCUAUUUCGUCUUGACACCUCGAUCUUCUUCCUUCCUUUGUUUCCUUUGUUAUGGUUUUGAGUCAUGGGUUCUCAUAAUGGCGUAUCCCCUAUCGAAUGGUUCAGGUAGCCAAGGGAAAGUGGACCAUCUAGAGGGUGUACGGAAGGAUCAAAAUACGAAGCAAUACGGAGCUGGAUAACGUCAAGCCUAAUCACCCCUUUGGUUCGAGACGCCUCCUAUCUUCUGUUUCUUUAUUAAUUUGUACAUCUCGGUGAUUUUUUGAGGAAGUUUUGUCGAGGGAAGAAAGAAGGGAAGGAAUUGGUUUGGCUUCAUGUGGAUGCCCCUUUGGUUCAAGACGCCUCCUGGCUUUGUUUCCUUACCAUUUCGAUGAUUUUUUGUGGAGGUUAUGUCGCUGAAAGACUUGAUUUAAGGCCAAAGAAAUUAAGGGACUGGUUAAGUUAGGUUAAACAUGGCUGACCCUUUGGUUCAAGACGCCUCCUGGCUUUGUUUCCUUACAAUUUUGUCUAUGUCGAUGAUUCUUUGUGGAGGUUAUGUCGCUGAAAGACUUGAGUUAUGGCCAAAGAAAUUAAGGGACUGGUUAAGUUAGGUUAGACAUGGCUGACCCUUUGGUUCAAGAUGCCUUCCAGCCUUAUUUCCUUACAAUUUUGUCCAUGAUGGUGAUUUUUUUUAGGUUUCGCCGAGGGAAAUCUUUAGUUAAGGCCAAAGAGUUUAAGGGAUUGGUUAGGUUACGGAGGGCAGGCGAUUGCUGGCCUCCGAGGAAGAUUAUUCGAAACACAACAUUGAUAUCAGACGUUGGGUUCCCCGCUCACUCACCCCCAUCCUCCCCAUCCCCUAUACCCCCACAAGACCAUGGUUAGGGUGUGUGUGUGAGUCAGGGCCAGAGAGGUUAUUAUCAGAGGCGGCGAGGAAGGAUUUUCACACUUUCGUCCCUUUCGCUUCGUUCCGUCAGUCAGUCACGUUGUUGCUUUGUCCCGAGAAGGGUUUGAUUCUCUCCGAACUAGAUCUGGAUUUGAUUGUUUACUCACUUAGUAUUUAAUUAGAGGGAGAAUAAUAUCACUUGGUUUACAUUGAUGUGACUUUGGGGGUAUUCUUAGAUUCUUUCGGCACUCAUGUCAGCUACUUCCAUGGGACAAAAAGGGUGUUAAACGCAGUCUCGUGAGUGUUUCUUUAUGUUCAUGGUCUAGUGGCAUUGUCAAACUACCACCAGGGUCAUAAAACUACCCCUGGCAAUGUCCAAAUUCCUUCUAAUGAGUGUUUCUUUAUGUUCAUGGUCUAGAGGCAUUGUCAAACUACCACCGGGGUCAUAAAACUACCCCUGGCAAUACCCAAAUUCGUUCUAAUGAGUGUUUCUUUAUGUUCAUGGUCUAGAGGCAUUGUCAAACUACCACCAGGGUCAUAAAACUACCCCUGGCAAUGCCCAAAUUUGUUCUAAUAAGUGUUUCUUUGCAUUCAUGGUCUAGAGGCAUUGUUAAACUACCACCAGGGUCACAAAACUACCCCUGGCAAUGCCCACAACCCCUCUGAAACCCUUGGUAAAUGUACAUGCAUAGGGUGCAGUGAGCCUUGUGAAAAUUUUGAACAUUCUAUUCUAUCUUGUCCUCUAUACAGUGACAUAAGAAAGUCAAGCUCUGUUCCAUACAAAGAAAAUUGGAGCUCUGAACUGUAUUUUGGAGACCUCAUUGACAAAGAAGUGAAAUUGGUUCUGUACUAGUUAUGGAAAAAAGGAAUAGACAUGAGUGAGGGAAUUGGUUAGGUUAGGAAGGCUGUUGUAAGGGCUAUCUCCCUGACCCUGAACUUAACUAAACUGAACAAGCUUGGGGUGCCGGAAGGUCUUAGAAUACAUCCCUUUUCCGAGGAGUGUAAAAAACAAUAUUCUGUCGUCAGCUCCGUAAAAGAAUAUCCGUUUCUGAGCUGUCCUUCAUUCGGAGACGUUGCCGUUGAGGAUGUGUGUUAAGAGGUUUUAUUUAGGUAUUAGCGAGUUAUCAUAGUUAUGUUUCCAUUACGUAUAGUCUGCCCCGGCCACUUCGAUGAAACAGCUGCGACGUGAGACUGGCAGCUUCAUAAUAUUGGUUAUUUUGGGGUAAAAUUUGAAGUGCUCUCUAGACGUAUAGUUGCCCACUGAUGACUGAUUGACUGAAUGACUGACUGACUGAUUGACUGACUAAAUACCCGACUAACUGGAUGACUAACUGACUGGAUGAAAAUGACUGAAAAAGAAGUGAUAUAUUCCUACUUCACACUGUUACAAUUAAAACAUAAAAAUAAUAAUAAUAAACUUAGAGUUGCUGGCAUAGACUGAACACUGUCCCAUCCGAGUGGCCGGGAUCAGGAAAAAAUAUUGUUUCCAAAGGCUUGUGGAGGGAGAAGGAGGAGGAGGAGGAGAAGGAGGAGGAAAGUGCAUCAAAGGAUCAUCGCCAGAAAGUGCUGGUUUGUGAUUAUCUACGUUAGUCUGUGCUGUUGAGUCUAAGAAUUGUACGAAAAAAGUUUGCUCGGUAAGGCUUUUUUUUGUUUCCGCUCACCUAUCAGAUUGUUUUUUGAGCGUUUUGAAGUCAGUGCACUAGGGUCUAAGAUUGCUAAAAUAAAUAUAAAAA